UCAGACGAACCUCAUUUAUUUCCUAUCACUCACUCCAUUUCAACCUCUCUCUCUCUCUCUCUCUAGAAAUUGCAGCUGCAGGAGGAAGAAGAUGAGGAGCGAGAUUCAGGAGAAGCUGCUCCAAAAUCCUCCGACCGACGAGAACGAGGCGAGAAGAAACAAUUUGUCGGUAAGAGCGUUGGACGAGUCGAAGAAGAUAUGGAAAGUCGCUUUCCCGGGGAUUAUCUCGCGAGUUUCUUCCUUCGGUACUCUGGUCGUUACUCAGUCGUUCAUCGGUCACAUCAGCUCCGUCGACCUCGCCGGCUACGCUCUGAUUCAGACCUUAGGCGUUCGCUUCGUCAAUGGCAUUUUGAUCGGAAUGUCGAGUGCAACCGAGACGUUGUGCGGUCAAGCCUACGGCGCGAAACAACACCACAUGAUGGGGAUUUUCUUGCAACGCUCGUGGAUAGUCGACUUGGUCACGCUAACAAUCUUGCUGCCGCUUUUCUUCCUGGCACCAAUCAUCUUCAAGCUGCUCGGCGAGGAUCCGAGCAUCGCCGAUGCCGCGGGAUACGUCGCUCUAUGGUUCAUUCCCUUCUGCUAUUCGCUCGUCUUUAGCUUGACCAUCCAAAUGUUCUUACAAGCUCAGCAAAAGAACGUCAUCGUCGCGUACUUAUCAGCCCUACAGUUCGUCAUCCACGUCCCUUUGUCGUGGCUUCUUGUCAACGUUCUUGAUUGGGGCCUUAACGGCGCCAUGGUGGCUGUCAACGUCUCUUCAUGGGUCACGGCAAUCGGAUUAAUCAUCUAUGUGUUCUGCGGAGGGUGUCCCGACUCGUGGAAAGGCUUCGAUUUGGCGUGUUUGAAGGACAUUGUACCCGUCGUGAAGCUCUCGAUAUCUUCCGGGAUUAUGAUUUGCUUGGAGAUGUGGUAUUACGCCCUACUCGUUUUAGUCGCCGGAUACAUGAAGAACGCCGAGGUCGCAAUAUCCGCCUUCUCCGUAUGCCUCAACAUCAAUGCAUGGGAAUUCAUGGUUUGUCUCGGUCUUCUUGGCGCCGCAUGCGUGCGCGUAGCAAAUGAGCUCGGACGCGGAGAUGCCAAAGCCGUGAAAUUUGCGAUCAAAGUCCUACUCUCGACCUCUCUUACAAUAGGGAUCACAAUUUGGGCCCUAUGCUUGAUCUUCGGGAAUAAAAUCGGGUAUUUAUUUAGCGACGACGAGGAAGUUGUAAAGACCGUGUCCGAUCUAUCCAUCCUGCUGUCUUUAUCCGUGUUGUUCAAUAGCAUUUAUCCGAUUUUCUCAGGUGUGGCUGUUGGGGCGGGUAUGCAAGCGACCGUGGCGAUUGUGAAUCUCGUAUGCUUUUAUGUUAUCGGUUUACCCCUCGGAGUCGUGCUCGGAUAUGUCACCUCGCUUCAAGUAAAGGGUAUAUGGAUCGGAAUGUUAAGCGGGGUUAUAGCAGAGACGUUCGUAUUGACCUUCAUGAUGUGGCGGACCAACUGGGAUGAAGAGGUACUAAAGGCUUCCGCGCGCCUCAAAAGAUGGUAUGUAAAAUCACCCGAUAAAGAAGUAGACGAGCGGGAACAGGAACACGUGUCCUCCAGUGGAAUCGCCUGAUUCUUACAUAUGAAAUAAAUGGUGGUUAUAACAGUCUUGUCCGAAUUGAAUGAGCUAUAUGGAUCGAUGGAUUGCCUUCAUUUAAGCUUUGUUUUGCUCGUCUUGCUCGAUUGAGGUUUCGAUUUAUAUGCUCGUGAGAUUUUUAAAGAUCCGGCGCUGAUUAAUGUUGAGUUUGAUGUGUUCACCAACUUUUAAUAAAAGGAAAUCGAUAGAUAUAAUAGGGUUCGUUUGGUUGUGGCAUGGAAGGUGGAUUUCGAGUUUAAAAUGGUAAAAUUUUGAAUGGAAAUACUUAUUUGA